AGCAGUGGUAGAGGCCGUUCAUAGGUUGGAUCUCAUCCUUGGUAAUAAGGCAGCGUAUCAAGAAGUGUUCAAGCCGGAGAACAUCAGCUUGAGGAACAAGCUGCGGGAGCUGUGCGUGAAGCUGAUGUUCUUGCAUCCAGUGGAUUAUGGAAGAAAAGCAGAAGAAUUGCUCUGGAGAAAAGUUUACUAUGAAGUUAUCCAGCUCAUUAAAACAAAUAAAAAGCACAUUCACAGCCGUAGCACUCUGGAGUGUGCCUACCGGACUCACUUAGUUGCUGGCAUAGGAUUUUACCAGCACCUUCUCCUCUACAUCCAGUCUCACUAUCAGCUGGAGCUGCAGUGCUGUAUCGACUGGACGCACGUGACGGACCCUCUAAUAGGCUGCAAGAAACCGGUGUCUGCGUCGGAGAAGGAGAUGGAGUGGGCACAGAUGGCGUGUCACAGAUGUCUGGUUUAUCUGGGAGAUCUAGCUCGCUAUCAGAACGAACUGGCAGGUGUGGACACGGAGUUGCUGGCUGAGCGGUUUUACUAUCAAGCCCUUUCUGUUGCACCACAAAUCGGCAUGCCCUUUAACCAGCUGGGGACGUUGGCAGGGAGCAAAUACUACAAUGUGGAAGCCACCUAUUGCUACUUACGCUGUAUCCAGUCUGAAGUGUCCUUUGAAGGUGCCUAUGGGAACCUGAAGCGGCUGUAUGACAAAGCAGCCAAAAUGUAUCACCAGCUGAAGAAAUGUGAGACCAGGAAGUUGUCUCCAAGCAAGAAAAGAGGCAAAGACAUUAAGAGGUUGCUGGUGAGCUUUAUGUACCUGCAGAGUCUUUUGCAGCCAAAGAGCAGCUCUCUGGAUUCUGAGCUGACAUCUCUCUGCCAGUCUGUGCUGGAGGAUUUCAACCUGUGCUUGUUCUACCUGCCCUCUCCUCCUAAUCUGAGCUCAACUAGUGAAGAUGAAGAAGAGUAUGAGAGUGGCUACUCCUUCCUUCCUGAUCUCCUGAUCUUCCGCAUGGUGAUCAUCUGCCUUAUGAGCGUUCACAGCCUCAAGAGGGCAGGUUCGAAGCAGUACAGUGCAGCCAUCGCGUUCACGCUGGCCCUCUUCUCUCACCUGAUAAAUCACGUCAAUAUUCGCCUGCAGGCAGAGCUAGAAGAAGGGGAAAAUCCAGUCCCAGCCUUUCAGAGUGAUGGCACAGAUGACCAGGAGCCGCGGGAGCCAUUGAACUCGAUUGAGAAGGAAGCUGAAGCUGACUUGGCCAAUCACCAGCCCAGCGAGGAACAGCGGAAGAAUGACUGCAAGAAAAGCAAGAAAUACUCCCGCCUCUCCUGUUUGCGUCGCCGCCGCCACCCCCAGAAGGUGGAUGAGAGUGACCUGAGCGAGGGCUUUGACUCUGACUCCAGCCAGGGCUCUACAAAGGGCAGCGAUGGCUCAGAAAGUGGCUCGGAGAAGAGUGACGAGGAAGCAGAAGCGGCUUUUGAUGUGGAGACGGACUCUGACAUGAACAGCCAAGAAUCUCGGUCCGACUUGGAGGACAUGGAGGAUGAGCCGGGUGAGGAGGGGAGCGGCCGAGGCAAAAGUGGGCCCAAAGAGGCCUUAAAAAACUGUGUGGAUGGUAGUGGGCUGGGGGACUCCAAGAGCCCAAGCAUCUCUAAAAUUGAGGCUCCGGAUCCAGCAGUCAAUGGGCCGGCUUCCCUGAGCACUAAUGACGCGAGCAUAGCCAGUAACCUCCAGGCCAUGUCCACCCAGCUGUUUCAGACCAAACGCUGCUUUCGCUUGGCUCCCACUUUCAGCAACAUCCUUCUGAAACCGAACAGUGAACCGCCCGUCUUGAAGGAUGGAAUAGAAAGCAAGCCAUGUGUCAAUGGGGAUCUGGAGAAGCCCGGCUUGGCAGAGCAAGAUGAUGUGUCUGACUCUGAGGAAAGCAUUUCAAGUAACAAAUCCUGCAGGAAUGAGCGAUCCCUUCAGGAGAAGCUAGAGAUCGUGACCAACGAAGGGCUGCUUCUCACAGUCAAGGUGUUCCUGGACUGGCUGAGGACAAACACAGACCUCAUCAUCAUGUGUGCUCAGAGCUCUCAGAGCCUGUGGAACAGGCUGUCUGUGCUCCUGAACCUUCUGCCUUCUGCUGCAGACCUGCAGGAAUCAGGGCUGGCCCUAUGUAAUGAAGUCAAGGACGUUCUGAGUGGUGCUGAGCUCCCAGACCUGAAGGCCAACUUGCUGCUCCCAGAAGAUGUGGCCCUGCGAAAUCUUCCCCCUCUGAAAAAUGCACACAAGAGGUUUAACUUUGAGCAGGACCGGCCCAUUUUCUCAGCUGUUGAGGAGUCUGUUGUUCGGAUUUGCUGCAUUCGGAGCUUUGGCCACUUCAUUACCCACUUGCAAGGCAGCAUCCUGCAGUUCAACUCGGAGCUUGGGAUCUUCAUCAGCAUAGCACAGUCGGAGCAAGACAACUUGCUGCACCAGGCCCAAGCCCAGUUUCACAUGGCUGCAGAGGAAGCUCGUCGGAACAGGCUAAUGAGAGAUAUGGCUCAGCUUCGACUGCAGCUGGAGGUUUCUCAGCUGGAGGGAAGUCUCCAGCAGCCCAAAGCACAGUCAGCCAUGUCUCCUUAUCUUGUCCCAGACACCCAGGCCCUCUGCCAGCACCUGGCUGUUGUCAAGCAGCUAGCCACCAGUGGGAGGUUCAUAAUCAUCAUCCCUCGAACAGUGAUUGAUGGCUUAGACUUCCUGAAAAAGGAGAACGCAGGUGCUCGGGACAGCAUCCGGUAUCUGGAGGCAGAAUUUAAAAAGGGAAACAGGUACAUUCGUUGCCAGAAGGAUGUUGGGAAGAGCUUUGAGAGGCAUAAAUUGAAGAGACAAGAUUUAGACGCCUGGAAUCUCUAUAAAAUACUGGACAGCUGCAAACAACUGACAGUGUCCCAAGGAAGUGGAGAGGAUGACACCACAGGAAUGGUCACCAUCAUCACGGGCUUUCAGCUGGAGGACCCAAGCACGUUCUCAGCACCCAUGCAGUCUGCUAUCCAGGCAGCCGCCAAUGCCAGCGUAGAAAUAAAAAACGUUCUGGAGUUCUACAAGCAGUGGAAAGAGAUGGGCUGAUGUUCAGAAAGGCAUCGGGUUGGUGUACCUUUCUCUCCCCCUCUCGGAACGUGCAGCGUCUGAACGAAGGAAACAAAAAUCCGGACGACACUUAGACACGAAGAAGCAGCAGCAGCAACAAUAACAAAAAUAUCUACCCAAAAAGAAAAAAAAAAAAAAAAAAAAAAAAAAAAAAAAGAGAGAAACCAAAACCCAAAACAACCCAACAAAUCCAAUUUGGGCACGCACAUGGACACCCUCCACCUGUAUCCCGACCAGACGGCUGUACAUCUCCGACGGCGCCAACUGCUCUGAGAAGAGAGAGGCACCUCGGCAUGGCCGAGGCAGAGCUCUGCCCUUCUCCCAGUCGGCAGAGAUGGGCGAGAGACGGGCAGUCAUUCAUUCCCCCCCCUCAUUCCUCCCCAAAAGCUUGCUCGGCCACCUGAAACGGGCAGGCGGCUUCUAAAGCGUGGACUUGACUUCAAUGAAACCACACCAGCGCAGCAGAAACGGAGCCCUCCUAGCUUGGGAAAAGAAGAUCCAAAGAGUGUUCAGCUCUUGUUUGGCAAUCUGGUGACAGGAAAGCAGAUAGUUUUUUGGGUUUAUUUUUUUUGGUUUUUUUUCUGCCCCCCUCCUUUGAAUUAAUUAUUUUUCAAGGGUUUUUUGUUUUUCCUUUUAAUUCUUAGGUUUUAUAUAUAUAAAUAAUAUUAAAAAAGAAAAAGCAGAGUUCCCUUGGGGUUCUGGAUACUCUUCCAAUGUCAGAGAGAAAAGGAAACAAUUAUGCUAUUUAAAAGGGGGG